AUGGACGACUUUUUCAGUGCCAGUAUGAUGCGCCCAGGAGCGGUGCCUCGUCGUUUUGAUGAGUAUUACCGAUGUUAUCCUGUCGCCAUGCUUCCAGGUCCUGAAAGAGAGAACGUCAACCAUGGUGGCAAGGUUAUUAUGCCGCCGAGUGCAUUGGACAAGCUCACUCGUCUUCACAUCACCUACCCUAUGCUGUUUGAGCUACACAAUGGUGCAAAGGAGAGAAUGACACAUGCUGGUGUCCUCGAGUUCAUCGCCGAGGAGGGCAAAAUCUAUCUGCCGUUCUGGCUCAUGCAAACCCUUUUGCUGGAACCCGGUGAUCUUCUUCAGAUCAAAUCUACCGACCUGCCUCCCGGCCAAUUCAUUAAGCUCCAGGCGCAAUCGACCUCGUUCCUCGACAUUAGCGACCCCAAAGCCGUUCUUGAAAAUGCCUUCCGAAACUUCUCAUGUCUUACGAAGGGCGAUGUCUUCACAUUUGCAUAUAAUGAUCAAGUAUACGAAAUGGCAGUUCUCGAGACCAAGCCUGCGGGCUCCAAAAACGCCGUGUCAGUACUAGAAACCGAUCUGGAAGUCGACUUUGCCCCGCCAGUCGGUUUCGAAGAAUCACAGCGGACUAGUGGCACAAGCACUCCUGGCAGUGCAAUCAGUGGGAAGCUCCCGGCUGGAGGCUUGUUACAUUCGCAGGGCACCAUGGCACAAUCUAUCAACUAUUCCGCCAUUGCGCCUGAGUCAACCGACGCCGCUGCAGGUGCUAGAGCCGUGUCGUCCAACUUUUUGUCUGCAGGUCAACGUCUCAAUGCCAAGAAGGGCAGCAAGGCUCCUACCCCGAAGGCCAGCACUCCCACCCCCGGUGCGACGAAUCCCCAGCAUCCCCCUCCGGCCCGCAAGACCAAUGGCCCGCAGCCGCUCCGACUUCCUCCUAACCAGCUUUUCUUCGGUUACGCAAUCAAGUCACCCAAGCCCCGCGAUGAGAAUGGGCAGGUUGUUGCAGAAGACCAGCCGAAGUUCCAGGGUAUCGGCCAGACACUGCGUGGGAAGCGAAAAGAUGCGACUGGAUCGGCCACCCCCACCUCCGGGAGCGAAGCCGACAGCCAGAAGGGCAAGGGAACUGGUCGCGCUCUAGGAAAGCGCUAA